GCUCUCCCCGCCCCACCGGCGCGGGGCCGCUGUGCCACUCACUUCCUCUCGCGAGGACGUCCCGGCGUCGGCGCCGGAAGCGUCCGCUCGGAGCGCGGAGGGCGGAGUGAGAGGGCGGGGAAGGCCGCUGGCUAGGAGUAGGCCGAGUCUGCGACUCUGGCAGGUACCGCUGCUGGCAGGGCUUUGCGCCAAAGCUUUGUGGCUGGGUGCUCCGGCGGCCUUCACGCGCACGUCGUUGCAGGGCCGCACCCAUGCUGCGCUUUCCGACCUGUUUCCCAUCCUUUCGGGUGGUGGGAGAGAAGCAGCUGCCACAGGAGAUUAUUUUCUUGGCCUGGUCCCCCAAGCGAGACCUCAUUGCUUUGGCCAACACUACAGGCGAGGUUUUACUGCAUCGCCUUGCAAGUUUUCAUCGAGUUUGGAGUUUCCCACCAAAUGAAAGUACAGGAAAAGAAGUGACCUGCUUGGCCUGGAGACCAGACGGCAAACUUUUGGCCUUUGCUCUUGCGGAUACCAAGAAAAUUAUUUUGUGUGAUGUAGAAAAGCCUGAAAGCUUACACUCCUUCUCUGUGGAGGGUCCGGUGUCUUGUAUGCAUUGGACGGAAGUGACUGUGGAAAGCAGCGUUUUAACAUCGUUUUAUAAUGCUGAGGAUGAAUCCAAUCUUCUCUUGCCUAAGCUGCCCACAUUGCCAAAAAAUUACAACAGCACCUCAAAAAUAUUUAGUGAAGAAAAUUCUGAUGAAAUUAUCAAGCUCUUGGGAGAUGUCAGGCUGAACAUCCUUGUCCUUGGAGGAAGCUCUGGAUUUAUUGAGCUUUAUGCUUAUGGGAUGUUCAAAAUUGCCCGAGUAACAGGGAUUGCCGGAACUUGUAUUGCUCUGUGUUUAUCAAGUGAUUUGAAGUCAUUAUCAGUGGUCACAGAGGUUUCCAGCGGUGGCGAAUCAGAAGUUUCAUAUUUUCAGCUUGAAACCAAUCUGCUGUAUUCCUUCUUACCUGAAGUAACGCGGAUGGCCAGGAAGUUUACUCACAUCUCAGCCCUUUUACAGUAUAUAAAUUUGUCACUGACAUGUAUGUGUGAAGCAUGGGAAGAAAUUCUGAUGCAGAUGGACUCCCGUCUCACCAAGUUUGUACAGGAAAAACCUACCAGCACAUCGGUGCAGGAUGAGUUCAUGCACUUGCUGCUGUGGGGGAAAGCCAGUGCUGAACUUCAAACUCUCCUGAUGAACCAGUUAACAGUGAAGGGCUUAAAAAAGCUUGGCCAGUCUAUAGAGUCAUCAUAUUCCAGUAUACAAAAACUGGUUAUAAGUCACUUACAGAGUGGCUCUGAGUCUUUACUGUAUCAUUUGAGUGAACUUAAAGGAAUGGCUUCAUGGAAACAAAAAUACGAACCUCUAGGACUGGAUGCUGCAGGCAUUGAAGAUGCUAUUACCGCUGUGGGUUCUUUCAUCCUCAAAGCAAAUGAACUUCUCCAAGUUAUAGAUAGUAGUAUGAAAAACUUCAAGGCAUUUUUUCGGUGGCUGUAUGUAGCAAUGCUGAGAAUGACAGAGGACCACGUGCUUCCUGAGCUGAACAAGAUGACUCAGAAGGAUAUCACAUUUGUUGCUGAAUUCCUCACUGAACAUUUCAAUGAGGCUCCAGACCUUUAUGAUAGGAAAGGAAAAUACUUCAAUGUUGAAAGAGUUGGUCAGUAUUUGAAAGAUGAAGACGACGACCUUGUGUCACCCCCUAACACAGAAGGAAACCAGUGGUAUGACUUCCUCCAAAACAGCACCCACCUGAAAGAAAGUCCUUUGCUGUUUCCUUAUUACCCUCGAAAAUCAUUGCAUUUUGUGAAGAGGCGGAUGGAGAACGUUAUUGAUCAGUGUUUGCAAAAGCCAGCAGAUGUAAUUGGAAGAUCGAUGAAUCAAGCAAUUUGCAUUCCAUUAUAUAAAGAUGCUAGGAGUAUGGACUGUGCACGAAGAUUGUUAAAAUUCCCAUUUCUGUGGAAUAAUAAAACUUCGAAUCUUCAUUAUCUUCUUUUUACUAUUUUAGAAGAUUCGGUUUAUAAAAUGUGCAUCUUAAGGAGACAUACUGAUAUUUCCCAAUCUGUAAGUAAUGGACUAAUUGGUAUUAAAUUUGGGAGCUUCACAUAUGCCUCAGCUGACAAAGUCAGAAGAAGCUCUUACAGUUGUCUAGACGCCCAGUUCUAUGACGAUGAGACUGUCACGGUCAUCCUUAAGGACUCCAUGGGACGUGAAGGGAGAGACAGGAUUUUGGUUCAGUUGUCACUGUCCUUGGUGUAUAACAGUGAAGAUUCUGACGAGUAUGAGUUCACUGGGACUUACUCCACAAGGCUUGACGAGCAGGGCAGCAUUAUCCCCACACGCACCAUGCACUUUGAGAAGCACUGGAGGCUGCUAGAAAGCAUGAGAGCGCAGUAUGUUGCUGGAAACGGCCUUCGAAAAGUGUCCUGUGUGUUAAGUUCAAACCUCCGGCAUGUGAGGGUGUUUGAAAUGGACAUUGAUGAUGAGUGGGAGCUUGACGAGUCUUCAGACGAUGAGGAGGAGGCUGGCGGGAAGCCUGUGAAGAUCAAGGAAGAAGUGUUGUCAGAGUCAGAGACAGAGGCUCACCAAGACGCUGCUGCCCUAGACCCAGACGUAGUCAUCAAAGUGGAGAAACUUGACCCUGAGUUGGACUCGUGACCCAGUUUGACAGCAUUGUGUUAGUUAAUGUGGCAAAAAGACAUAGUGGGUGGACUAAGAAUGUAUCGGUCACAUUGAGUUGUCUGUGUAUCAAAGAAAUAAAUGGUAAAUUUUAUUUUUUCAUA